AUGUCUCAAGACGUCAAGGAAGAUGCCCUCCAGCCCGUCACCUCGGCCGUGGUUGGCGAGACGACAAAGAUGGCCAACGACAACACUCUAGAUGAAGCGGCAGUAUAUCUCGCCAACCAUGAAGAGUUCGGACCCAUGACUCCAGAGCAAGAGAAGAUCAUAGUGAAGAAGAUCGAUGCCUGGAUGAUUCCUCUACUUGUGUUUUGCGCAACUCUCGCCGCCGUUGAUAAAGUCGAGAUUGGAACUGCUUCUUUAUACGGUUUCCAAAAGGAUAAUGGGUUUACCGGGCAGGAUUACUCUUGGCUUGGAAGUAUUCUGCCAUUGGGUACUUUGAUUGGUCUAGUUCCAGCAUCAUGGCUAGUCCAGCGAUUUCCCCCUGGGAAACUCCUCGCCGUCGGCUCUAUACUCUGGUCGGCUGUUACGUUAUGCUAUGCCGCGUGCAGGACAUGGUCGGGGUUUAUGGGACUCAGGUUCCUUCUGGGUUUCCUGGAGGCCAUAUCUGUCCCAUGCUUCACAGUGCUCGUUGCGUCUUUCUACAAGAAAGAGGAGCAGCCCCCUAGGAACGGGAUUAUCUUCGCAUACUUCUCAUCGAUAUUCAACGGCUUUUUCGCUUGGGUAAUUGGAUACAUUCCUGCGACAGCUCCCCUAUUAAAAUGGCAGUAUCUGUACCUGUUAACAGGUACAAUAAACUGCCUAUAUUCGCUCUUCUUAUGGUUUGUCCUACCCGACAGCCCGAUGAACGCGUUCUUCUUGACGCCAGAACAGAGGUAUCAUGCUACAAAACGGCUAGCUUCCAACAAAACCGGUAUUGCCAAUAAGGUGUGGAAAUGGGAUCAAGUAUGGGAAGCAUUACUUGAUGUUAAAGUGUGGCUGAUCGUCUUAUUCAACAUUGCCAUCAACAUUCCCAACGGUGGUCUGCAGACCUUCGGAUCGAUCAUUAUUAAUAAUCUAGGUUAUAGCGCUCUGGUUUCUAGCCUGCUGACCAUGCCAUUCGGUAUCGUAGCCACGGGUGGCGCUUGGGCGUUUUCAUACCUUGCUGCAAGGUGGCAUAACCGACGAGCUCUUACUGCGUGUAUCUCGUUAUUACUCCCUAUUUUCGGAACCGCUUUAGUAUACGGCUUGCCACGAACAAAUGUCCCCGGCCAAAUGGUGGGACUCUACUUCAUGUACUUUUAUUGGCCCCCUUAUAUCGUUGGAAUCUCUCUUAUCCAAGCAAAUACCGCUGGAAUGACCAAGAAAGCCAUCACAUACAGUCUUGUCACCAUCGGAUACGCCACCGGCAAUCUAAUUGGACCCCAGACCUUCAGAAGCGAGGAAGCUCCUCGAUAUAAGAGCGGUGUGAUCGCAAUGCUGGUGUGCUAUUGCGUGUGCAUACUCCUCUUGAUUGUAUACUGGCUCUUCGCAUCUUGGCAGAAUAAAACCAGGGAUCGUAAAUACGGCAAGCCGGAGCAAGGCGCUGAAGGUAUGACGGAGACUUUUGUGGAUGUCACGGAUAAGAAGCAGCAUGACUUCCGUUAUACCACCUAA